AUAAAUGUUUGAGUUUACGUUUUCAUACACACUAUAAUUUAAAAAUGAUAUUGUGGUCUUCUACAUUAUUGACGAUUCUCGCGGCGUUGUAUGGGGGUUGUCAGUCUUCUUUAUUUACUAGACUCUGGUUAACACCAAGGACCGACUUUUAUCGUCAAUUGUUUUUUGUUAUUAUUCUCUUUGGUCAGCUGUCGCAAACACGUACAAGCCAUGAAUUUAAGUGUUUGUUAUUUGUUUCUACUGUUUUGUUUAGUUAAACCGCAGAUUACAGAAGCGCCCUCUGGCGUGAUUUGCUCAACAUGCUCGUGCGCCGACAACCGCGUUGACUGCGCCAAUAAGGACAUGCUGACUAGUUUCUUCGUACACGAGUGGGAAGAAUUAACCGACUUGAAACCCACAAUCGUGGAUCUGAGCGGCAACGAUAUACAGACCAUCACAAGAAUAGCAGACCUCCCCAUUGAAGAGCUGAAUCUAUCAAAUAACAAGAUAAGUUUGAUUGAAUACGGAGGCUUUAGUGAUCUGCAGAAGAUGAGGGUUUUGGAUUUGAGCUAUAAUAGCCUGACGUCGAAAUUCAGUCCGGAAGUGUUUGAGGGUAAAUUCUCCUCCGAAGAUUACUCGUACGAGCUGCUCUCCUCCAUACGUACCCUGAACUUGUCCUACAACCAGUUCAAUUCCCUCAAUCAGGAUCUCUUCAAGUAUCUUCCUGAGCUGAGGUAUCUGGACCUUUCUGGGAACCCACUGAUAACUAUUGACCAUGUCACACAUAUCGCUAUCGCCAGUUUGCCUAUGUUAGAGGACCUCCGCCUCCGUUCCUGCCAGCUAACCGAGAUCCCGGACAAAUUCUUCCACGCCCCCCGCUACCUCGAGUACCUGGACCUCAGCGACAACCAGCUGACCAUGGUGCCGCAGGAACUGAAGGAGGCCAUAAAUCUGGUGUAUCUUAACCUCAAUCAGAACCCCAUUGUGGAGUUGGAUAUGGGCAAAUGUGAGACUCGAGGGUUACCAAUGCUACACAAAUUGCAUGAGUUGCACAUGAGCAACAUGCCAGAGCUCCACCGCAUCGGCAAUGCAGCACUUGCCAGGCUGCCCAUGCUGUCCAAGCUGCAUCUCAGCUUCAAUCCAAAGCUGGCGGUGAUUGAACCCCUGGCACUAGCGAGCCCUGGUGAUCACAGGGAGAGCUACGUCUGGCCGAUGAUCAAGGAGCUGUACCUCCAAUCCAACAACCUCACAGAGCUACAUAGCCGUCUGUUACGCUGGGAGCUGGUUGAGAAACUAGACGUUUCCGACAACCCUUGGCUAUGCGACUGUUCCACAAAGUGGAUGGUUGACGAUCUGGUUACCUACGUGAAGCGCAGUGGAACCAACGCGGCAGAAAAGCUAGUUUGCCAGGAGCCGAUCGAGAUGCGUGGCCUCACCAUGAAGCAGCUGCACGAUGAGAAUAGUCUCCUGAGAUGUAGAUAAAUCCGUGUCAGAGCCAGUGUUGAGAAGUAUGGCAACAGGGCUGAGAGGGAUGGUGAUACACUUCUUGACACACUUAUUGGUGUUUUACUGGCUGUUCUAAGCAUGUUCUCAUUGGUGCUUUGUGUAUUGAUAUAAUAUAUAAAGAGUUUAAUUAAAGAA